UGGGCUGCGCUCUGUUUGUUGUGAGGUGACGGAGGCCGCCAUCUUGUUAUCGGAGCUAGGUGCAUCGGUGCGGUGUCCGUUACCGAACAAGACGGGGGAACGUGGGUCUACAAAGGAAGCCUAGCAUUCCUGUCUGUUGUUACGGCGGGAAAUCUUUAGCCACCGGUACCGGCGCUCCCUACGCUCUCCACCCCUCCGGCAAGUGUCCGGUUUUCGUUGCUCUGGCAGGAGGAUGAACGGAGGAUAAAUGGUGCUCAAACCGGACAGCGGCACCUUCCUCCUCCUCUUCCUGCUUGUGUUGACUUUGACCGAGCCGCUGCGGCCAGGUCCUCAAGUAGCUCUGGCAAGACUGCAAUCAGAACUGCGCUGUACACCUGUGCAGUUUGCGUGCCACAGUGGUGCCAUCCAGUGCAUUCCCUUGAACUGGCAGUGUGAUGGAUGGCCAACCUGCGAGGAUGAGAGUGAUGAGGUAAACUGCCCGGGUCUGGCUGGGGACCAGAGAGCGUUUCAUGGAAAGGAAAGUGUGGAGACAAGACACGGUCGCAGUAGGAAUGGGGAAACGCCUCGAUUCCACACAGUGAACUUUGCCCAACCAGUGCGCUUCAGCAGUUUCCUAGGGAAAUGCCCAUCAGGAUGGCAUCACUAUGAUGGGACUGCAAGCUGCUACAAGGUGUAUUCCUCCGGUGAGAACUACUGGGAUGCUGUUCAGACCUGCCUGAAAGUGAAUGGCUCACUAGCAACAUUCACUACAGACUCUGAGCUAAAGUUCAUCUUGGCACAAGAAUGGGACAUGGAAGAAAGACAAUAUAUAAGAAAGGACCAGCGAAGACUCUGGGUGGGUUACCAGUUUGUUAUAACAAGCAGGAACCAUUCUGUGGAGGGACACUGGGAGGUUGCAUACAAAGGUUCCUCUGAAGUAUUCUUACCCCCAGUACCAAUCUUUGGAACAGCAUUGUCUGAAAAUGAGAACAUCCUGUGUGCCCAGCUGCAGUAUUUCCAUCUGCCGUCUCUGCGGCACCAUGGCCUGCACAGCUGGUAUGCUGAGAACUGCAAUGAAAAGUCAUCCUUCCUCUGCAAACGCAGUCAGACAUGUGUUGACAUCAAAGACAAUAUUGUGGAUGAGGGCUACUAUUUCACCCCAAAAGGGGAUGAUCCCUGCCUGAGCUGCACAUGUCACAAUGGGGAACCUGAAAUGUGUGUGGCUGCUUUAUGCGAGAAGCCACAGGGAUGCCAACAGUAUCGCAAGGAUCCCAAAGAAUGCUGCAAGUUCACUUGUCUGGACCCAGAUGGAAGCAGCCUCUUUGAUUCAAUGGCCAGUGGUAUGCGUCUGAUUGUGAGCUGCAUCUCCUCGUUCCUCAUCCUCUCCCUCCUGCUAUUUAUGGUCCACCGGCUGCGUCAGCGACGGAGGGAACGUAUCGAGUCUUUAAUUGGGGCCAACUUACAUCAUUUUAACUUGGGCCGCAGAAUGCCAGGCUUUGAUUAUGGACCUGAUGGCUUUGGUACUGGUCUGACUCCCCUUCAUUUAUCGGAUGACGGAGAGGGUGGAGCCUUCCACUUCCAUGAGCCACCUCCCCCUUAUACUGCAUACAAAUACUCUGAUAUCCAGCAUCCGGACGAUCCACCGCCUCCAUAUGAAGCUUCGAUAUGUCCUGAUAUCAUUCUAUGCUCAACAACUGAUCAAGUGACUCGGCAAUCUGCUGUGCUGGGGCAACGUUCCACUGCAAGCAGUAGCAACUCCUCCUCACCUCAAACCACAGAAGAACCACUGCCACCAGCAGCCCCACCUCAAGAUGACACAGAAGACUCUGAAGAUAGAAGUACUUCACUACUUGUGGCCCCUAAUAUUCUACAAAGCGAAGCCUUCUGUAGUGGUGGCCAGUCGGGGCCCUCACCCAGUAACUGUUCUCUUAACACUGUUGUUUAAAGAGAGGGAGAAAAACGCAAGAACCUGGAGAAUGGCAUAAAAUAUGUGCCCAAGAAAAAGAGUGUUAACUGGAUAAACUGUGGAAUGUUUGAAUAUACUCUGAACUUCAGAAGACACCCAGAUCAUUCUUACCUUUCAAUUAAUAAAAAAAAAAAGAAUAAAUAAAAAAAAAUUAUCUAAUUAACCCUUUUGCUACCUAAGGUGUAUGCCAUUUCACAAAGCUGCUGAGGGCGAGUCGGGUGUUAAAUAGGCAAAUUACACCAUGUCCUGAAAUUUGAAUGGUUUAUCAUGUAAAUAUUACAUUUAAAGUGCUGCACUUUGUCCAUUCCCCCUAGAGUGUGUAUGUGUGGGCGUGUGAGGAGGACAGUCUCUCCUGUAGAGUUUUUAUACAUAUUUUGGGAUUGUAUUUUGUUUUUUUCUGAGUUAAAUUACUUGCAAUAAUCAAGCAAGAACUGCAAUCAUGGGACCCUCCGAGAUACUGUAAAUUCGGCUUCAGCACAUGGUAAGAGGCAGAGGCAUGCGCCAUGAAGGACGAUAUACUGAUUUGGAGUACUUUCUGAGCUGACAUGAAGCUGCCACUGGGUCUCUGGCAGUAAUGGAUUUAAAAUGCUUAGCGCCAUCCUCCCAGGCACACCACUAUAUCUGUGAGAUCUGUUGUAUGUGUGACGAGUAUUCAUCUGUUUGUAGACUUGCAAGGUGUAGAUAUUCUUUACUGUUGGGACCCAGGUAGUGUUGUUAUGAAUUUCAUUUUCCCUAAAGAUAACAAAAGACUUCCUACUUAUACAUAUUUGUCUCCAGGUAUGAACUUAUAGCAUAUGUCACCUCCAUUUACUCCCUAUUUUGCCUUAGUUCAGGUUAUAACUAGUAGUCGUUAUACAUUAUGUAUUAUUACCAUAUCACAGCAUGCUGACAUGAGAUGUUAAGGCUAACUUUCUGUAUUCAUAUUGGAGGUAAGUGGGGAUUAAGCUUUGAGAGCACUGCUGGUGGAGUGCAAGAAGGAAUGGUUCAUAGACUUGACAUUGUAACUUCGCCAACCCUGGAAUUAAAACUGCAGUAUAUUUUUCUCAAAUAUUUAGUUUCUUUUAAAAGUUCAUUCUUCUGUUAUCCAACCAGCUGCAUUGUAAAAAGAGGAUUGCUAAAAAGUAUCUUUCCAUAUAACUGUAGACUGUCAAAAUGGUGGUAGGUGUGUAGAAAUGUGCAUGAUUUCUGGGACAGUGUACAUUGUUACCUUUUAUGUAUGUUUAUCAUGUUUUGUAGCUCUUGCAUUUGCCAGGACCUAAGUGCAUGAGAAUUGAGGAUUGCACUUUUAAACCGGGGAAUUGCUCUCUUAAUUAAUGAUAUAUAUAUAUAUUUUUUUUUUUUCCCCAAACAUUUUUUUUUCUUUUACAUACUAGUAUACAUUGGAAAGGAUAUAAAAGCUGCUCCAGUAUUAAUGAUGUUUGUGUACAGAACACUUUGCUGUUUGUUUUUUUGUCCCCUUGCCAGUGCUGUUUAUCAUAACAAGCACAUGUAUAUUCAUUCUAAGGUGUGCGCUACAUGCAUAUAGGGCAGGAGAUAUGUGUAUUGCUGUUGGCAGCCCUGCAGAGUGCAAUACAAUGCAGACUUUGUUUUCUAUGUUUGCAGUUCUACAUCAUGCUUCUCUCUUCAACCGCAGUCCCAUGUUAGUCUUAAUAUGUGAUGAGACUCUUGGGUAUCUGCAGGGUACCGUCACCACUACUGGAUGGUACUUUGGGAUAAUGCAGAUAUAGCCCACAGUGCCAGAUGAGGUUUUUUACUUUAAAUUGGUAAAUGGUGAAAAAAUUAUCAGUUAAGGGCCACAAUUUAAUAAUAAAGUUUCCAUAGAUACAUUGCUGUCUUUAAUUUAAAAUAAGAGAGCAAAUUGUAAAUAAAUCCAGAAUUUGGUUAACUGAGUAAGAACCACACCAAAAUUGUGGUUAAAAAUCUACUGCACUUAGGUCCUAAUUCAUAUUUAUACAUAAACCCAAUGGAUUCCGUGCACAUCCGAUGGUGUGGGGCCUGCACAGACGCAAGACCCGUACUGCGCAUGUGCAGAACAGUCCUCGCGAUAUCGCUCGCAGCCCCGUCGGCUGCAGCAUGAUUGACCUGCUGCUUCAUUUGGGGGGCAGCACUAUUCUUCAAAGGAGGUCAUGUCGUCCCCGUUUUGUAGGCGUGUUGGGUCCAGUGUCUGCAUUGUCUGACACAGACUUACUGGGCCCAGGUGACCAGAUCCAACAGCCAGUUUGAGUAAGCUUCAGCUGAAGCUGGCUGACCAGUGCCUAAAAACAUGGCGGUCCUCUGGCGCAGCACUCGGCUCUCGCAUAUGCACGCAGGAGGCAUCUAUCUCCUACAGACUCCUCCUCCUGCUGCACUUGUAUUUUAAUUACACGAAAGUGCACAUCUGCUUCCUUGCGGCUGUGCAACUCCUUACAAUCAUGCCUUACUAUUAGGUCCUAAAUCUGGUAUCCAGAACAUCCAUACUUAUGGGUAACAUUUCAUCUACAGUGGAAUAUUUUUUUUUACAAGUACUCCCAGAACAAUAGUCCUCCUUCCAUAUCCAGUAUAGUAAGAUCGAUUUUGAGUAUUUAGUGUAUCCUAGAAUUCAAGGUUACAGACACAGGUUAUGAUACAACUGUGCAGGAGAUAAGUGCUUUGGUCUUGUUCCUUAUGUACUGCUGACUUUUCUGGUUGAAAUAAAGUUACUAAAUUAGAAUUAUAUAUAUAUAUAUUUGUAAUUUUAAUUUCUUUUUGCAAUUAAGAUAACUUUUUAGGAUGGCAUAAUUUCCCAAAAACGUUAUUCCAGAUGUCAAUACAUCAUUGCUGAUCCCGCACUGACAUGCUUUGAGCAUAUCCUCUUGUAUGUUGCAACAGAAAUGACAUCAUUUAUCACUAUGAUAUAAUGGGCAUAUGUUUACAAGCCACUAUUGCAGGGGGGGGGGGGGGGGAUUGGUUCCUGCUCUGCUCAGCGUCAGCUGUUGUGACUGAUCUUACCUGUGGCAGUGUGUAAAUAAUUUUGAUAUACAAUGUAGAUAUGACAUUUGAUGCUGUAUCUUUCAGCCCCUGUGACUUUUUUAUUUCAUUUUUUUUGGUUUAGUUUCAUUUGACACUAAAUCUACUGAUUUUUUUUUUUUCUUCAUGUUACUGUGACAAACAUUUCAUUCAGAUGCCAAAAUAAAACUGUAUUCUGGAAUUUUCA